GUAAAAAUCUGGAAAAAUUCACAUGAAAAUACAUUUUUCACGUUUUUCUUCCCCUAGCACUGUUUGACUGUAUGCACUGUGCGAACAUUCAUUAGCAGUCACUUCGCACUUGAUCUGUCCUCUGUGGUUCAGUCAUAUUUUCUUCAUAGCAACACAUAAUGAGCUCUUUAUCUGAGCUCGCUUCCCUGUCCCACUGGAGACAGUCCUCGGUCCCUGUGUGCUGGCCUCUGGCUUCAGUAAACGAAACGGGCUUUUAUCUAUAGAUUUAUACAUUUUAUAACCCUGGCUUUGUGUGCUUGAGUCAUUUGAUUGCGAGCAUCAUCCUGUGGGUGCAGCAGCAGCAGCAGCCCUCCCCCUCUGCAGCCUCUCCAGCAGUAUGCCCGACAUGCAGACGGAAGCAGGCGCUACCAUUUUGAAACACAGCACCGCCUAGGUAAGAUGGUAGAUCCUUAUAUUUAAUCGCCUUUUUUUAUCCUUUCCCCGCAGUGUUUCUCGCAUCCGAGCCGCACGGGAGCGCCAUGGACAAGAGCCACACAGUGAAGCUCUUCGUGGGCAACCUGGCUUUGGACACCACCCAGGAGGAGCUGUCAGCCAUCUUCGAACCCUACGGCCAGGUGGUCAGCUGCAGCGUGCUGCGACAGUUUGCCUUUGUCCACCUGCAGGGCGAGGGUGCCGCCGAGCGCGCCAUCCGGGAGCUCAAUGGACGGGAGUUUCGUGGACGGAAUUUGGUGGUGGAGGAGUCGAGGGGAAGGCCGCUGCACUCCACGAAAGUGUUUGUGGGUAAUCUGAGUGGGAUGUGCACCACUGAAGACCUACAGCAGCUGUUCCAGACGUUUGGAAAAGUUCUUGAGUGUGACAAAGUCAAAGCCAGGCAUUCCUCUUCCGCAGGCUAUGCCUUCGUCCACAUGGAAAACAAGGAAGAUGCUCUCCAGGCCAUUGAGGCCCUACAUGGCACCUCAUUUAAGGGCCGCCCCCUGUCAGUAGAGCUGUCCAAGGUCCAGCCCAGCAAGCAGGCACCUACAGGAAAAAUCCCCUGUGUUAACUGUGGAAAGCAGGGCCACUAUGCUGGAGAAUGCCCUGUGGGGAAACCUUCUCUGGAGCAGUACCAGAGUCAAGCAGCAGUCCUGGCAGCAGCUGCUGCUGCAGCAGCCGGCCUGCCACUACAAGUCCAACAAAGUGUGCACAAUUCAGUCUACAACACCUCCACGUUUGAUCCCACAUAUGCAGCUCUCACUGGCAUUACCACAGGCACACGCACUGAUGGAAACCCGGUGAAUCCAGCUGUUUACGGUGCCCUUGCCAGCCAGGUGUAUGGUGCCAAUGUUGCCAAUCAGCUUUACGGAACGAUGGCCAAUCAGGCAGCUCUAACAUCAGGUGCCACCCAAAUGUACAGCUCGAUGACCCCCAACAUCUAUGGCCAGAUGGCUGCAACCCCAGCGGCUGCUGCUGCGGCCGCUGCUGCUGCUGCCUACGGUACUCAAGUUUACACCCCAACUGUGGGCAACCCCCAAGUCUAUCUGGCUGCUGCUCCAGGAUUAGAUAUGUCAUCAGCAGCGGCUGCCGUCAACCCCGCCUACACUGUAUCUCCAGCAAUUUAUGGUGCUGCCACACCAGCCUACGCACAUAUAAGCGCCAUGGGAGCAGCGGACCCUACUACAGCCAUCUUUGAGGCAGCAAGACAGGCUCAUUAUUUUGCCCAAGGCCAGCAGGUUGUGGCAGAGCAGCAAUCAGUGGCUGCUGCUGCAGCAGCAGCAGCUGCUGCGGCCAAGUCUGGUGAGAGGGACCGUAGUCCCCUACGGAGGUCGGUACCUUUGCUACCAGACCCAGUGAUGAAGCCUUUCAUGUACCAGAGAGCCAAACCGCGCCGACCCCUGCUCCCCACACCAGCUGGUCGAGCGGCAGAAGAGGCAGUGGAGGCUGCAGAGGACCCCAUGGCCAGGUACUAUGCGGAGUACUAUCAGCAGCUGCAGCAGUACCCCCAGUUCCAGUAUGCCUACCCACCACCGAACACAAUGACAGCCAUCCCUGGCAUGCCGGGAGUGUCGGCAGUUCCUGCUGUACCAACGAUGUCUGCACAGCCAGUCGCCACGCUGGAUGCCCUCAGGCCAGUGGUCCCUACAGCUGCGGCAGUGGCAGCAGCCAUAGCUGCGCCCAGGGUGUAUGAGCCGCCGUUGCCGCCGCCCACGCGCAAGGAGGCCAUCCUCCGCCGCCCCGAACUCUCCCUUCACACGCCUGAGCCCCCCUUCCGAUAGUCGCACACAAUUCUCUGCCCCCCCCCACCCCCACCCUUCCCUCUUUGCCCCUCAACCCCAAACCCACCAUCUCCUCUUUCACCCCAAACUUGAACACCUUACAGCAGCUGUACGUGUGUGUAUGUGAGUUUGCGUGUGUCUGGGGGCUUAAAUGUGUGUGGUGGAGUUUGAAACUGGGGUUUCCUCGGUUUAUUAACCUUUCUUUACGAGGGACUUGAUCAGCAAACCUUGGUCCUGUUUGCACACACACAGUGCAGCCAUGAAAGGGAGUCUCGCAUCUGUUGUAUGGGCAUUCUUUGUGCUUCUCAGUUUUACUUUUUUAUUGUGCCAGUCUCACACUUGUGCCAGUAUUAGACUGAUCCAGUCAGUCGUUUCAUAUGCCUUUAUUUCCGCAACCCAGUUAUGAUUUUCUAUGGCCAAACUGACGAUAAAAGACAUUGGUUUUUCAACGACCAUCCUCCUUAGGCCUAGAUGAUCAGUUAGGGCAGCUAAUUUGAAACCUUUUUUGCCUUAUGUUGAUGAUUUCUAACCAGAUGGGAAGUCAGUGAAACACAUAUUGUGUACUGGCUGCAUUGCAUCGUGCCCAACAGAACCAAGGUUGACAUGUUUUGGAGGGGGGUGGGUGUUUGUCUUGAAUGCGAUGUGGAUGUAGUAUGUGUGAACGAGUGCAAGAGAGCGAUAUGUGCAGGCUCCUGACCUUGCAGCACACAAAACGCAGCCGCUAAGACUGCACCUUGCAGAAAAAAAAGUAAAGCACACAUAAUACGUACUGUAUUGUAUGUUUGGAUCUCUCCUCGACCCUUUUCCUCUGUACUCUCAAUUACAACACUGGAAGACACUGCCUUCACCCCUCUUUCGCUUUCUAAAUACAGCUGCCUACCUCUAACAACAGUAAAUUUCAAUGUAGAGUCUAUUCUAUUCCAAACCUUUCACUCAGUUAUUUUCCUGCUUCUCAUGAAAGUACAGCAAUUUAGGGAGGGAGAGGCUGGAUUUCAGUGACAAUGACUUUUGUAGAUAUUCUGAAUUAAGUUCUGCUACGUGUUCAGAGGCCUUUUUUAAAAAAUAGUUUGUGUUCUGUUUGUCUUACUGUAGUUUACAUGUAAUAAGAGUCAACCUGGGAUGUAAUGAAUUGUAAAUGGUUAAAACAAACCCAUGUGUGACUACUGAAUGAGCUGUUUACAAAGGAUCUUUACACUGCAUCCUAUUAGGAAUCGUGAUAUGUGAUAAAGCUCAAUUAUGUGCCUAUAAGCUUUGAGUGAAGUGCAUUAAGUGGAGGGAUCUCCCAUUUUUUUAAGUGCUUUUGACUUUUUAAUCAUUUCAAGGGGAGCUUAGUAUCCAGAAUGAGCAGUGGAGCUUUCUUGCGGACUCUCUUGUGUUGGAUUUGUUUCUGAUGGUAAGGUUUUCAAAAAGCCACAAACUGAACCUCAAGGGUUCGCGACUCUCCACAGGUUUUUAAGCAGGAACGACGGUGAUAGCACCAAUGAAAUGAGAGAUGGGGCAGUGUCUUUCAGUUGCCCCGACUAUCCUACUUUUUCCGAAUUCCAGACCUGCUUCAGAUUGUGAUUGCAAAGAUAUUUUAGUGUUUGUUUCAAUCUUGUUGUUGGAUCUGGUGGGUGGAGUUUGCUGCAUCAAGAUAACAAAGGCGUGUUCUUUUUGGACAUUCAUGAGCUUAUCCUGUGUGGCAAAUUCCACCCAUUCAGCUCUAUAGUCGCUUCAAACAAGUUUUUUGCAACUACUAUUUGACAGCGGUCUGAUGCACACACACGGACAUACCCUCUGAAAUCACCUUACUGCCUCGCUGUCCCCCCUCCUCCCCCUCCCUGUGUGGUUUUUAGUGGUUAAGUGACUUUUGCAUCUCACGGUGUAAUCUCUCUGUGUUGUGUAUAUACAAACACAUACCAGUUGCAUCCUUUGUAGAAUUAUGUGGUUUGCGAAAUGUCUUGUUUGCCAUGUUUGAGACCGUAUUUUUUAGAGAGGUAUUUUAAUUUUGCCCUUUUUUUUUUUUUUUUUUAGGAAAAGAAAAAAGUUAAAAAAAAAAAAACAUCAGCAUGCUUUUUAUUGAGAAUAUGUAUACUAUAAUCAUUAUUAUAAUAAAGAAUGUUUGGCUGACUACUGUGGUAAAAGAAAGCAAAGGGUUUGGACAUUUCCCCUUCUUGUUUAUGUUGUUCUUCUCCACUAUCUGUUUCUCUUGUGUAAAAUGACCACCAGACCCAUUUGACUGGGGACCCAGGGGGAGACAGGUGUAGAUGCUGGCCCAGCUUUGCUCUCUUUGGUCAGGGUAAGUGCGGGUUGGUGCUCCUUUCUCUCUCCAGUCUCUCAAACUGGGUGCAAACCAAUAAGUCUUUUGAAGGGGUUUGCACUUGAUCAAAAGCACCUCAGUAUUUAAUUCUGGCAAGAAAGGCUCAGUCCUUUUUUAUAAAAAAAAAAAAAAAAAAAAAAUUGAUUCUCAUGCGGAAAAUAAGUCUCAUUGUGAAAUCAUGUUGAGAGCUGGGGAGAGGCACACAGAUAGAAUGGCCUGGGUGCAUUUUGAUCUGUGGAGCAGUCCUGUUCCUGGGGUUGAUGGGUGUACGUCUGGUCUGGUCUGGUCUCCUCCCUGCUGCACCAAAUUCUCCACCCCUCCGUGUGUCUCUGUGUCCACUCUACUCUCAGACCUGCAUGUGUGAUAAUCUGUAACUCUGCCGCAUUCAAAAAAAAAAAAAAAAAAAAAGCCCCGCGACAGUCCAGCUCUGAA